UCUCUCUCUCUCUCUCUCUCUUCACUUUUGUCCACAUCGGCGCAUAAUAAAUAAAUAAUACAUUUCAGUGGAUUCGAGGCGCAGGCGCGUCGCAUUUCAAACGAGUCUAUUGUCAGCGCAGGUCGGAUAUCAUAGAUCUGCUGCGUCAUUAGUUAAGCGGUGGUCGAUAAUAAAAGCAAUAAACGCAGAAUUGUGUUGGGUUUCCAGGCAGCUCGUCAUGGCUUCUCUUGAAAGGAUUUUUUCACUCGUAGCUUUAUUUGGUUUUGUGACCGCUGGAUUGGACAUAAGAACAGCACCCUUGUUCCUGGAAAAGCGAGAGGCAAACAGCAUCAUUUCCCGUCAGAGGAGAGCAAACACAGGUGAUGAAGAGACUAAAUUACCUGCUAAUUUGGAAAGGGAGUGUUUAGAAGAAGUCUGUGAUUAUGAGGAAGCCAGAGAAGUUUUCCAGGACAAUUAUCGUACAGAUCUCUUCUGGUCCGUCUACAUCGAUGGUGACCAGUGUGCUGACCAGCCGUGUAAGAAUGGAGCCUUAUGUGCAGAUAGUGUGGGGGGAUAUGACUGCAUUUGUAAAUCUGGUUUCAUGGGAACUCACUGCGAGACAGAUCAAACAGUGUGUCCUAUAGAUAAGAGCAAAGGCUGCAGUCAGUUCUGUAAACCCGGCUAUCAGUCGUAUGAGUGUCUGUGUGCCCGUGGCUGGAAACUGCAGGAGAGAGAAACGUGCGUCCCAGCAGUGGCGUUCCCAUGUGGAAAAGUGAGCAGUUUAAGCCAGUGGAACAGACGUCAAUCAACUAACGUACAGUCUGAGUAUGCAGGACUCACCUGUGGUCCAGAAGAGUGUCCCUGGCAGGCGUUGCUGCGUCACGGCUCUGAUGGCUUUUGCAGUGGUGUCAUUCUUAAGGAGAAUAUGGUUCUUACCACAGCGCAGUGUGCAAGGAAGUACGAUGAUUUCCAGGUGGCAGUGGGUAAAACCAUGACGACGUUUGAGGCAGGUGAACAGGUGCUGCAAGUAAAGCAGGUGCACAUCCAUCCGCUCUACACUGACAGCAGUCCUCAGAACGACAUGGCCAUGCUGGAGCUGAGGGACAGGAUUGUCUUCAAGAAGAGCGUAGUGCCGGCAUGCCUGCCAGAGAGAGACUUCGCUGACAGCGUCCUCAUGGCAGGAAACUAUAUGGGUACAGUCACCGGAUGGAAGGACUUUCAGGGGAAUCUCUUAUUAAACCAUCUGUCUUAUGAGAAACUAUCAGUGUGUUCACAACGUCACUCUGCUCAGGUGACCAACAAGAUGUCGUGUACUCUACCACAAGCUAAAGCAGACUGCAUCUUUGGAUCGGGCAGCCCUGUACUCACUCUUUAUCGAGAGGUUUUCUUCCUCACUGGCAUUGUGAGUCAACCUUCAGGAAUCGACUGUAAGAAUGGUUAUGUCAUACAGAAAGUGUCUCGCUCUUUGCCAUGGUUAAACUCUUUUAUGCGUCCAUGAUAAAAGACAACACUUCAGUCAUUCUGUGUUAACCUUAACCAAAGGUCCCUGGCUAAAAACUCUUAGUUUGCAUGCAUGUAACUCAAGAAGUAUUAAACUUAUCUUAGCACUCUAUGGGGCGGUUUUCUCGGACAGGGAUUAUACUAGUCCAGUAAUGUUUUUAGUAAGGCAUGUUUGUUAAAACUAGUUAUAAUUCCUUAUUAAACUAAGGCCUAGUCCUGUCUUUAGCUAAUCCCUGUCCGGGAAACCACCCCUUUAAGAUUCUUGUUCUUAACAAAUUUGUCCUAUUGGAUAUACAUUUAAAAGACCCUGUAUGGUACAAUGUAAACAUUUACCCAUUUUCAAUGGAAAAAACAGCUGAUACUUAUUAUAUUUGAAGAAGAAUGUCUGAAAAACAAAUAAUAAUGAAACCAACCUUAAUUUAUUCACAAUUAAAAAAUAUUUCUAUCUGAGAGUCACAAAAGAAACUGUUCUGAAGAAGAAGGAAACGUUUUGCUAUUUACCUGGAGCAGGACUUUUAUUUCACUUUCCGAAAUCUACAAAGCUCUGAAGUAAUUUUAAAGUUAAAUUCUGCUUUCCAGAGUUGAUUUAAAGUUUGAGGUGAUAUUGUUUAAUAUACACAAUAUACACAUAUACACUGUAAAACAUAAAUGUGUUUUACAAUUUAUUUAUUUCCCAUUUUAUUAGAGGAAUGAAAUUCCAUAAACUACAAACAUUUAAACAAAUUCGCAUUUUUCUUGUUUUAUAAUUGAUUAUAUGUGUUACUGAUUUUUUUUCUAAAGUUUGAUUGUCAUUAUUUUUAUCUGCAAAAAUGUAAAGUUAACAUAACAUGUCCAUAAUAAAAAGUGUCUGGAAAAAUAUUUUUACAAUGAAAAAAUGCAGAUAACUUUUUAACUUUGUUAGUCAAUUUAGACAAACUUAAAAAAUGAUUGUGCAGGUAAAUAGCUCUACUUUACUUGUGUUAAACUGUUUCACAUACUGUAAAAAUGUAAUGUGCUGUUUUGUACUGAAUUUAACUUGUUUCAUUUAGUUUAUUUAACUGUUUACUAUAUGGUUUUGCUUUACAUUUGUUGUUGUUGUUUUAUGCAGGGUUGAUGCAUUAGAGCUGGGUGGUAUAAUAUAUGUAUAUAUGAAGAGUUUGGUUCCAAAACGCGAUAAACGCCAUUUUUGAAAAAAAUGAGUUACUGCCAAAAUCAGUAUUAUAUCAGGUCAGUAGUUAAAAGUAAAUAAUUAAUUUUACGCAAAAUCCAAUACCCGCCGUGAUAUUCUGUCAUCUUUUCUCCCUUUUUUCCCGAAAUGCGACAAACGCCACUCCUCCUUUUUUACAGAACGCAAUAAAUCCAUUUCUGAUAUUACAGCGCACCAGUCACGCAAUGCAAACAAACAUGGCGGUGCGCUGAGUACACGGAAUCCUAAUUUUCCUCUUCUACUUUGUACUUCGUGAUCAACAAACAAAACAAAAUAAUACUUUAAUAGCAUUGCCAAACCUGUGAUGGUUUUCUGUGACGGGAAAGAAACGUAAGCCAUCAACAUCUAAUAAUUUCCGCGAGAGGCACUCGGUUGCUUGUUCUCCAGACAGCAUCAAGCUUCUCAUGCUAAAACAUUGUGUUCUUAAUAUAACAAAGUAAGUGUUUUGGUUAAUGCCAUUAAUGUUUAUUUUUUAAUCAUUGUAUACCACUAGUCAACUAAAUAAAUAUAAAAUGGUUAAGAUGAAUGCACAUUUAUACAUUGAUUUAAUAGAUUUAUAGCAUUUUGAAAUAAAAAACUGUCAUGGAUUUAUUGCAUUUUGUGGAAAAAAUAAUUAGUUUUUAUAAUAAAUCUUUGAAAAUCAAGUUAUGGAUUUGAAUUUUUUAUGUUUUUAUAACCUAAAGAUGCUAUGUGAAAGUUUGUAACAGAAAAUAGUGGUUUUCAUCUUGUCACUUUCUUGGUAUAGAAAACACGUUUUUACCGAAAUUUGUCAAAAUGGAUUUAUUGCGUUUUUGAACCAAACUCUUCAUAUAUACACAAACAUACAUGCAUACACACACACACACACACACACACACAAUUUUUUCCCAGCAGGACAUGGAAUGAGACAUUACCACCUCUACCAGUAUAGUUGAUAUGAACAGAAGCUAUGACAGAAAUGUACACUGAGGUCAGGUGUAAGCUUGCAUUUUGUGCAUCUGUAUGUUAUCUUUGAAUUUUAUUUUCAUCAUGUAAUCUUUUAAUAAAGGUGAUUGUGACAUCUCAAAUAAGUAUUUUA